AUGAAAACAUUCAAGCUCUCAAUACUUGGUGUUUUCGCUAUUGCAAGCUUUGUAGCUGCUCAGCUGGAGACGCCUCAGGAUUUCUGCAAGAGAACCGCGGGACCAAAUUACGUCCCUAAAAAUGAUACAAAUGGUGUUUUCCAGGGCGAAUGCGAAACUGCAGCUAUAAGCAUUUGCCUUGGGACUGAAUAUGCACAAUCUCAGACUGGCGCUACAACCUGCUGUCUACCACCAAACACGGUCCAAUCCGCUAGUGGAAAGCAAGGCUGUUGUCCACCGGGCCAGAAUUUCAAAUGGGAUGGCACGUCCCCCUCCUGCGUCACACCACCACCUCCUCCUCCCGCCAUCUCUUGCCCAGCUUCCAAUAUGCAAGUCGUGAAUCGCAAUGGGCAAAACUUCAGAAUUUACUGCCAGCGUUCAGUGAUGGUAUACACACAUCCUUGGUUAACCACCACUUCGCAUGGAAUAUACAGAGCCAUACAGGGCCCUGAGCUUAUGACGAAUGAUUUCGAAACUUGUCUGCGAUUUUGCGCUGCGAAUGGGAGAUCUAAUGGCGCCAACUUCUGGCCUGCACAAGGAUUAUGCUCUGUGGUUGACACGCCGCCUGGGAAUUUCUUCAAAGUGGGAAGUCGUUAUGAUGUACCACCUCCUCCAUACAAUGGACCACAGAUUAUCUCCAUGGUAGCGAUCCCAAAGCGUGCUUAUUAG